AUGUCUUCCACCGCUGUGGCAAAGCCAAAUCAAUCCCCGAAAGAAACCCUUGACAUCUUUUUCCACCUUAAAGCACUCAUCUUAUCGAACGCUAAGAUGACACACGGCGGGUCCAUCAAUGGAAGACCAAGAACAUAUGAUAUCAUCACCACUAGCCGGGUGAGAGGCCAGGCGCAGUACAAGGUGCAGCUGGUGGGAUAUGAGGAGAAUCAGAAAGUUGGGGGGAAGAUUGAUAUCGACAGCAAGAUAUUGCUGAAGAGCUCCGUAAAACUUUCUCUCAAUUUUGCUAUGGAAGAACUUUUGAAGAAGACACAGGAGGAGCUGUGGAAGGAUUGA